UCAGUCAGUGUUGUUGGCUAAAAUGUCAUGCCACUUUGUUGGCUAAUCAUUAUUGUGUUAUCGUUCGUAUACGAAUUAACUUGUUAAAUUCUACUCCUUCUGUUUAUUCAAUUGCAAUCAAUUACUGUUAAGUUUAUUUCAUAGACGCUAAUUGCUACUAUUUCGAUGCAGUGAUCGUGAACAUCUUGUAUUUACGGGUAUCCUCACGCGAGUAGAUUAGGUGCUAAGUCCGACUAAGAUCUUUUGUCUUCCAUAUCUGUUUAUAGAUUAGGUGCAAAGUUUAUCUCUCUACGUUUCGUUGCGCUAAAGAAAAGACAGCAGCUGAUUUUGUUUUGUGAAACGAAUAUUAUUGCUUGAAUGCAUAAUUUGCUCUAGUGUUGUUAUAUAAUUGAUUUAGUGAUAAGGAAUCAAUCAUGGCCAGGAAUAUUCUACAACUGUCGAAAUUUCCGCGAGUUCUUUUAAACUCCCACCGUAACUAUUCCGAGGCAUCAGCACAAUUUCCGAAAAUUACAACUCACUACACUCUGAACCCACGAGACAAGGAUGAAAGAUGGGCAGAAGUCGACAUGGAACGUUUCGCCGACGAAGCCGAUCUUCUGAUUGUUGGAGGUGGUCCUGCUGGAUUUUCAGCAGCGAUCCGUGCCAAGCAGAUUGCCGCUGAGAAGGGACAGGAAAUUCGGGUGUGUCUGGUAGAAAAGGCCUCUGAAGUGGGCGGUCACAUACUUUCUGGGGCUUGUCUAGAUCCCGUUGCUUUGAACGAACUAAUUCCCGACUGGAAGGAGAAGGAAGCUCCCCUGAACACUCCGGUCACCCAUGAUAAAUUCUCGUACCUGACGAAGAGUGGUAAAUUGCCAAUCCCCAUCUUUCCGGGCUGGCCUAUGGAUAACCGAGGAAAUUACGUGGUUCGAUUGGGUCACGUAGUAGCAUGGCUCGGUCAGCAGGCGGAAGAACUUGGAGUUGAAAUCUACCCUGGUACUGCAGCAGCGGAGGUUCUCUUCCAUGAAGAUGGCUCCGUGAAAGGAAUUGCGACUGGCGAUGUGGGCAUUUCCAAGUCUGGUGCUCCAAAAGACACUUUCGCAAGAGGCAUGGAAUUGCAUGCUAAAACCACCAUCUUUGCCGAGGGAUGCCGAGGUCAUUUAUCUAAACAACUAAUGACCAAGUUUGGCCUAAAUGCUGAAAACGAUCCUCAAACCUACGGAAUUGGUUUGAAGGAAGUAUGGGAGAUUAAACCGGAGAAUCACAAACCAGGCUUAGUUGAGCACACCAUUGGGUGGCCACUGGAUAAAAAUACCUAUGGUGGUUCUUUCUUGUACCACUUGAGGGAACCAACGCCACUCGUUUCAGUUGGUUUUGUAAUUGGGUUGGAUUACGUAAACCCGUACAUUAGUCCGUUCCAGGAGUUCCAGAGAUUCAAAACCCAUCCCAAGGUGCGUACAGUCUUCGAGGGAGGCAAUCGCAUUGCAUAUGGAGCACGUGCCUUGAAUGAAGGUGGCUUCCAAAGCCUUCCGAAGCUCACGUUCCCUGGCGGAUGCUUGGUUGGAUGCGCUGCCGGUUUCAUGAACGUGCCUCGUGUGAAGGGAAGCCACUAUGCCAUGAAGAGCGGCAUGCUGGCGGCUGAGAGUGCCUGUGAAGCUAUUUUAUCUGGUGCCACUCAGGACAAAACAGGACUGGAACCGAAGGACUAUCCUGACAGAAUCAAAGAAUCGUAUGUGUGGAAGGAUCUGUACAAGGUUCGAAAUGCCCGCCCAAGUUUCCAUAAUGCAUUGGGGCUGUUUGGCGGUGUGGCUUACAGUGGAUUUACUCUGCUGGUCGGAGGACGCGAGCCGUGGACCCUCAGACAUGGCGCUCCAGAUCAUACGCGCUUGAAACCGGCCAAGGAAUGCAAACCAAUCGAAUACCCUAAACCCGACGGAAAGAUAACGUUCGAUCUGCUUUCAUCGGUAGCGUUGACCGGAACAAACCACGAAGGUGACCAGCCGGCACAUUUGACCCUGAAGGAUGACACCAUUCCGGUAAAGAACAAUCUCGCCAUUUAUGACGGACCGGAAGCUCGUUUCUGCCCAGCCGGUGUGUACGAAUUUGUACCGAACGAAGAGGGUGGCAACAUGAAACUGCAAAUUAAUGCACAAAAUUGCAUCCACUGCAAGACAUGCGACAUCAAGGACGUAACGCAGAACAUCAACUGGGUCGUUCCCGAAGGUGGCGGCGGCCCUGCCUACAACGGAAUGUAACUGUGCAAUACCUACCUCUUUCCCUUCUUGAAGCAUUUAUCCGAAGCGCAUGCCCGAACCGUACCCGAAUUUUGUAACUUGUGUUAUUAGGAUAGCCAAAUUUGAGAUGUACUGAUUUCUUUCCUUCGUAAUUGGAAUAAACAUUGUCGUCCAGCGAUGAGAACUACUUUUGCAAA